AUGGAUAUUGAUGAUGCAUUUCUGGUUAAGGCUUUAGCUCUAGAAAGGAGGGAGAAGAGUCCUGGGAAAGAAGUAGAAAUAGAUGCAGACAAGCGCCAGGCCGCGUUCAGGGAGCCAAGGCUUCUGGUGGUCACCGAUCCCAGGGCUGACCACCAGCCCCUCACGGAAGCCUCUUACGUGAACCUGCCAACCAUUGCUCUGUGCAACACGGACUCUCCUCUGCGCUACGUGGACAUCGCCAUCCCGUGCAACAACAAGGGAGCGCACUCGGUGGGUCUGAUGUGGUGGAUGCGCGCCCGGGAAGUCCUGCGCAUGCGUGGCACCAUCUCCCGAGAGCACCCGUGGGAGGUCAUGCCGGACCUCUACUUCUACAAAGAUCCUGAGGAGAUUGAAAAGGAAGAGCAGGCAGCAGCUGAGAAGGCUGUGACCAAGGAGGAGUUUCAGGGUGAAUGGACUGCUCCAGCUCCAGAGUUCACGGCUGCUCAGCCUGAGGUGGCAGACUGGUCUGAAGGCGUGCAGGUGCCUUCCGUGCCCAUUCAGCAGUUCCCCACUGAAGACUGGAGUGCUCAGCCUUCCACUGAAGACUGGUCUGCAGCCCCCACCGCCCAGGCCACGGAAUGGGUAGUAACCACCACCGAGUGGUCGUAAGCUCUUCUUCCAGACACUUGUAGAACUUCCACAAACUUCCACCAAAAUGGAAAUUUGGUUGAUGGAAAAUAAACUGUUUCUAAAAAAAAAAAAAA